AUGAGGCAGGCGAAAGUCAACCCAUCCGAUGCCGAUCAAGUGUUGACAUCAAUUCGGCCUUGCAACACGACUCCACCAUCCAAGGAAGGCAGUCCAAUCAAAGGGCAGGGUAUUCUGUGUGCCAUAAAGAAAAGUCCUUCAAGGGAAUUGCCGAAUGGCCAACUCUGUCGUGAUUUGGAAUCGCACAAGAAAUAUAACGGGGACACUGUUAUCCCGGUUAGAAAAGCGGCAUCUGCG